CGAAAUCUUUAUUGUUCUCGACGACGUGCUACCUCCGAACAAGAACAAUGACCGUCAGCACCAAGGAUACCGCAGCCGCCAAAGGACCACCUUAUUGUGGAUCGAUACGGCGUUAUCAUUCCUUCUUCUUUUUUCGCUUACCACCACCACUUCUGCCAAGGCCAUGCUAAGCCUACUAAUAUUUUCUUUCCUUUUCUACGUCGCGUCUGUUGUCGCAUCUUCUUCCUCGUCAGUAGUCUGCGUUGCAGGACAAUGCCUGCAGGGCUCCUCCAAUACCACUCUGGGUGUCACUCUGACAUCGUCGGAUGAAUCAACGACUAUUCUCCUUCUCCCUGGCCAGUAUGCAUCAACGACGAACCCUGAGCUUCUCCACGAAAUGCUAAUUUCAACGUCGGGAUCUCUAUCUCCCUCGCCUGGCUUCAACUCGUCGGGAUCUAUCGAUCUUCCUCUGGACGUCACUCUCGAAGCAGGAUUGGCUAUUUACUCUGGAGGCCUGUACUCCGGUACUGCAGCUUUCACAACUCUACCAUCUGCUCCCGUAUCCAAUUCAUCGACAUCUCUAUCCGCCGCAUCCCUCGCACUUUCAUCCACUGUUUGGGCGGCCAUAGACAUCGGGAGCGAGCGUGUCAUACUCUGGGAGUCCGUUCCAGAUGUCGGUCAACUGCCGCUCUCGGGAUCACUUUCUCUUCUUGACUUACAAUCUUCUGCCUGCUCCCCCUCGUGUUCGAGUUCGGGUGUGUGUUCCGCUUCGGGAACUUGCACUUGUCCUACCGGAUUCACGGGAGAGUCCUGCGAGUCCUGCGCCUCGGGUUUCUAUGGUCCUGAAUGCCAAGCGUGUCCUUCUGAUUGCUCCGAAUGCGACGAAGGUAUUUCGGGGACUGGGAUAUGCUUGGUCAUUGAGAUUUUGAACACGCCGGAAACUUGUAACUGUAUAAACGGCGAAUGUGGUUCGAACGGCGGGUGUACGUGUAACACCGGCUGGACCACGGCAAGUAAUGGGACCGCAUGUGCAAAGUGCUCUGAAGGAUUCUAUUUGACAUCCAGUGGUGAUUGUAAAAUUUGCGAGUUGGGCUGCACAUCAUGUGCCGAUUCCACAGGAACCUGUCUUGCCUGCAAGACCGGCUUUACGCAGGACGCGAACGAUAAAACAAAGUGUGAUGCGGAGGAGUCCACAACAUCGUCCGGUACUGUGUGCCCUGAUGGCAGUUUUGGUAAUAACGGGACAAGCUGCACCGCAUGUUCUUCAGCAUGUUCGACCUGUAAUGGAGCCACGUCGAACGACUGUAUCAUUUGUGCAACGGAAUCGUACACGUUUAAUGGUAGCUGCGUUUCGGCGGACAGCACGGGGGUCUGCGAAGGUACCAACCUUAUUGCCGACAAUAAUAAACGUGCUUGCGAUGCAUGUGGAGCUAAGUGUACUUCGUGCGAAAUAUCGGAUUUUAGCGUCGCCUCGACGGUUGACGAGCUGAAGUGCACAGCUUGUCUUACAGGCUCUUUCCUUUCCGAUGGGCAAUGCGUGGACAGCUGCCCCACCGGUACUUUUCUUUCCCCCAAGGACAAUGUCACCUGUACCAGUUGCGACUCGUCAUGCUCCACUUGCUCGGGUUCGGCAACAUUCUGCCUAACGUGUGCUAACAGCAAGCUUGCUUCCGAUGGGAGCUGUGUUAGCUCAUGUCCAUCCGGUACAUUCUCAUCUUCCGGCUCCUGCCUCACCUGCCACCCCGACUGUGCGACCUGUUCAGGCUCGUCCUUCAAUCAAUGUUCCUCCUGUCCAUCUGACCGCCCGGUCCUUACGAACGGACGAUGUCUCCCCACAUGCAGUGAAUCCGAAUACUUCGACAGCACCUCCUCCUCGUGCACGUCCUGCGAUUCGAGCUGUUCGACUUGCUCCGGACCCGAUUCCAGCGAAUGCCUUUCUUGUUCCAGCUCCACCCAGUACCUACGCUCCGGCACCUGCGUUGAUGCGAACUGUACGAACUCGACUAGUGUCAUAUCCGGGCUCGGAGUGUGCCUAUCAGAGCUCGUACUUACCUCGACAAGAAGCUCAGAUAGUCCUACCACCGGUGUUUCAGAUCCGACGGUGAUAAAAAGCAACAGUAAUAAGCGCACCUGGUGGCAAAUCUUGCUUAUGACAUUAGGCUGCGCGUUCAUAUUCCUGCUCUUUGUCAUGUGCUGGCGCCGAAGGGCCCGUCAACAGCGUGCCAAACGCACCGCCAUGUUCGCCACCGCAAAACGGCUGGAUCACAAGCUGAACUGGCGCUGGCGGCUGAUUCGAUUCGGGGAAAAGUUGUUUGGUCACCGGCGAAGUGAGCGAGCACCUCCUGAAACAGAGGAGAUGAAGUUGAUGAGGGUGGAGGAGGCACGGCAUCACGACGAGAUUGAGAAAUUAGUCGGGUCGUACACGCGGCAUGUCCCGGACGACGCGACUAUCGUUUCCGGGCCGUCGAUAUACUCGCAAGUCACAGGAAGGCCUAGACAGACGCCUGAUGUCCGACAGCCCGUAAAGAAGGAUGAAACAGCGCGGUUCUCGGCGAAUACAUUUACCUCCACAUUGGGGUCUCGAGAUCGAGAAUUGUCGCCACCCCCACGCUCUGAUGCGGAGGCGUAUGCUCAGGCUGUUCGAUCGCCUGGUAAUUGGAUCGAGCCGAAUCUGACUGGAGCUUCACGCAAUCCUUUUCGGAGGUGACAGGUAUGCGAUGGACUGCCGGUUCCCCCUCAUUUAGUCCUUUGUUGUACACCCUACGAGCAUCUUGUUUUGAUAUCACGACUGUGAUUUUAAUGUAGCGAUAGUUGGAUAGAGCAUUUAUUAGAGUGUGUCAGUUGACGCUCACGGGAUUGCUGUCAAGCGGAUUAUGAAACGAGUAGGGUGGGUUGUGUGUGGACGAUGUGAUGAGCCCGCGGCCGAGCUGUUGAUUUCGAGAGCCAGCCGAGUAUGUAGAGAUGCAGAACAAUAUGAGGGUCAUAUGAGGAUGAGUACUGUAUUCGUUGAUUGUCCUCAGGUUCGGCAGGGGUAACCUCAGGGAGGAAUGUGCAAAGGUUAAUUGUUGGGAUCACGAUUGUGUUGAAAUUCGAUUUCAUCUACACCCUCGUAAAUGAACAUGUACUCUUGUAUAGCAGCGAAGUAAUCAAGACAUAAUUUUAG